UUGCCCAGAAACCUAAGCAGAGGACUGUCUUUUAAUAGCUUUGGUUGGUCCUACUGGCAUUGCACUACUCCACAUUCACUACACAAAAAGCCAAGGGAACCUCUGCGCCCAGUGUCAUGUCAGGAGAGGGGAUCACUAUUUCCCACUGGAUUGCAAGCCCUGUGCGCUACCAGGAGCACUUCAAAACCAGGAAUCUCACUGAAUGCACUGAAGAUCAUCAACUGUUUGCCCUGCCAGGACCUGAAUGUCUGCCGGUUAAAAUGGACACUGAGGGGGGUGAAGCAGACAGUGAGGACGAGGAUUCAGGAGAGCCAUUAUUUAAAGUCCUGCUGGACGUGACUCAGUUUAAACCAGAAGACAUCCUCAUACAGGUCUUUGAAGGGUGGCUACUUAUUAGAGGUCGGCAUGGGGUGAGGAUGGACGAGCAUGGGUUUGUGUCACGGAGUUUCACCAGACAGUAUCAGCUGCCUGACCGUCAGCUCCAGGCGGGGGACCUCAAAGCCAUGCUGUGUCAUGAUGGGAUACUAGUGGUGGAGACCAAGGACCGAUGGUGGCCAGCAUGUGAUUAGGAAAACACAGUGACUUAACACCAUUCAUCAUGUUAGUUGAACACUGUUGUUGUGAUCAGUUAGCCGGUAAUCACAUUCUUUGCUGUUGUAUGACAAUUUUGCUUUGUUUUGGGUGUCCCCAGAUGUUUAACAAUCAGCUUGAUUGCCUGCAUAAUGCUUAGUGGCAAAAAUUUAAUUUUCUAAUAAGUAAAAAAGACUCUUAUCUGUUCAUAUAUAUAUA